UUAGUUUCUUUUAUGAAAGAAUCAAAUAUUUUUUAAAGAACCAGAUAAACAUGCUCUUUGGCCACAUAAGUUAAAAUGUUUAUAUCCUAACAGUCACAAUUAUUUGAGGAUGUUUCAUACUUUUAGGCUGAUUGUCUGUUAAACAAAUAUUAAAGGUGGUCCACAACAGAGUGGCGCUGUGAGGGAAGAUGAGGGGAACAUGAGGUGGAUGUGGAUCAUCGCUUCAGGAAGUUCUUGAAAAUUAUGAAAUGACAUCACCACUUUUUUCAUGGCUUUGUCUGUCGGUGCGUGUCCUGGCCACGCCUUCCUGCCAGCCCCGCCAUAAAGCGGCCGGGCUGUGUGUCUGCGCACCAGUUGAACUCAGUGCGGACAACAGGUGCACCGCAUCCCUGCUCUCUCCACGUCGCUGCUGGAUAAUGCCCGGAGAGCGCCGCUCGUCGCUUUGCGCAGGGUUUUCUCUUUUGCACUUGCACGUUUUUAUAUCCUGAUCACUUCCAGCCACAAAGAUGCCUUUUCCACCCAUCAGCCUCCACCAGCGGAUCUCGUCGCCUGGCAGGGAGCUGUUUGGAAAAAAGAAAGCCAACGGAGUGCCUCCUCAGACUGAACAAACCAGCAAAUCUGCCAGAGAGAAAGCGGGGUCCGAGAAGGACAAGCAGUCCACUUCUUGGGCGUCUGCGAAUUUAAGGAAUUUAGGGCGAAAAGCCCAACAAGAGAAGAACAAAAGCCCGUCUCAGAAGCCAGUCAGUGGGCAAGAAACGCAGGGAAAAUGCUCCUGGCUGUCGGUGCCCAAAGCUCAGGAUUCAUCCGAAGGAGUCAGACGCUCCAGCUCCAUGGACUCCAGCAGACAUCUCCACGGGAAAGAGGAGGGGAAGAAGGAGAUUCAGUUUACCCUCAGUCUCACCCCUGAAGCCAUUCUUGUCAUCCAGAAACGGAAUCUAGAGAAGCAGAUGAUGGCAAAGCAGCAGAAGUGCUGCGCCUCCACCGACUUCAGGCACAGGCGAGUUUUUCCAUCCAAAAAGACGCACGGAGGCUCCAAAGGCUGCGCUCCUAACGGGAAAGGAGAGAGCGCAGAGCAGGACAUCACCGCCAUCGUUAAAAUAUCUCUGCUAAAUGAUCAAUACAAGUACGAUGAUGUGGAGUACGAGGAAGAGGACGGAGAUGUGGAUGAGACUGUUGUAAGGAAAUGCAAAGAGUGGCUGAAAGGGGUCGAAAACGCCGCUGCUUUGGGAAAAGUCGACAAACUUUCCACACUUCCGCACCUUAAAGGCUGCUGACACCUGGCUUUUGGUUUUUCAUUUUGGAAACUUGGACUAAUGGACUCGUGAAGCGUGUGCUAUGCUGCAAUGGCAUCUUAAAUGUAAGACUUGUGAUGUGAACGCUUGUAGAUGAGGAGAGAAAACCCACUCCUCUCCAGAGGAAUGUCAGCCUGGUUGGGAAUCAUUAUAAAAGAUGUCACAACGUUAGAAAUGCCACUUAUUUAUGAAAAUGGACAGAAAUGGGUAAAUUGCAUUGGGAUAAGAGGAAAUUCGACAUUCGCUUCCUCAACUAAAGUACGGUUUGAAAACUUAGCCUGCGUCCCAUGCAGCAGGGCUGCUUCACGAGUUUAAUGCCUAUUCAGUCCUUUUUUGAAGUUACAGUUAAAACCUUAAUAUUCUCGUCCUUUGCACAUGUUUUUUGUUUUCAGCGGGGCGUUUGGGGAUUGGCAGAGAGGUUUGCAAAGGAACACCGAAACGUUCCUUUGUGCUGGAGAACAAUAAACUGUCAACAACAGGGCUCCAUAUUCGCCUGCAGCUGAAACCAAACUGGAACGUUUAUUUUCCCUCUAAUCAGAGGGUUUUUAUCCUUUGUAGGGAUUUAUCAUUGAUGUACAGUAUUUAAUAUUUACAAAAUAUUUGUACUGUCAAAUGUUUUUAUUUCCUUCUCAGCUGUUGAUUUUAAGCCAUUUUAAGUCAAAUGUCUUUUUUUUGUUGGAAAAAUUAUGUAAUCGUCACUUGCCCACUUGAAUCUUUUAAAAUCCGAUUUGUGUUGUGCCUCUCUAAUGAUUCUGUUACAUGAUGCUGAUUUGCAGUCAUUUAGAUUUCUUUCACACUUCUGGCCAGUUCCCAGACAGCAUUUUCAAGGCUUCUUUGUUGCCACUGUAGCUACCUGGGACCAUUUGGGCAUUAGUGAUCUAAGCUUCUUAGAUUUCCUGUUAAGCAGGGUUGACCAGAGUACUGUAGGGCCCAGGUGCACAAUCCCUUCAGGAAAUUACCUCCAGUCUACUUUACUUUGUCACAUCAAACUAAGCAAUGCGAGUAUUCGAGAUAAAUAGUGUUGGCACCACAAUCUGGUAGAGCAUUUCACCCCAAAGUGCCAGAUUUGUAUGACUUGCUGCAAAUGUGUUCACAGUUUGGAAGCUUAACCCUGACAUUUCAAUGAUGUUUUUAUCCUGAAAGUGUACUGCUCAGGGAGAAAGAGCUGUUUCAGAAAAAGGCCAAGGUAGAAUAUGACUGUUUUCAGCAAAAAAUAAACUCAAAAUAUAAAAAACCAAACAUGAGAGUCAAGUGAGAAAUGAAUCCAUGAAAUGACUUCUUGGCUUCUUUGUUGAUUCACUUCGCCACAUUUUAUUGUACUAAUAAAAAAACGAAACCACAUGCAGGCCUCGGAUACAAAUUUAGCUUCUAUGCAUUGUCACAAACUUAUUUUAAAUGUGUUUGUGUGAUCAGUGAGGAGGUUGUUUGCAGUGAGGUUAACUUUCCGCAUUGUUCUGUAACUUGGUAACCACAGUUUUUCUCACAGUGUUCACUUUAAAGCGCCAACUUGGACAGAGGAGUGUCUGUUAGACUGCAAAAGUUUAAAUAUUACAGAAUAUAUGAAGGGCUCAAACACCAACAUCUGGUAAGGUAUAUUUUUUAAAAGUACCUCUACUUGUAUCCUCAGGUCAUAUUGUUUUUCUUUUCUUUUUUUCUUGUCAGUCACCUGCCUGUUUUCACUGAAGGUUACCUUGAUGAUGGAUUUUUGUCAUGAACCUUGAGUCCAAAUAUCUGCACUAGUCAAGCAUUAUUCGCUAUGUUUUGGAUGCACACUUAUUACCCGUCUGUGCCAGCAAGGUAUUUUAAACCACACACACAUCAGCAGUGAGAGUUUCCCCAUUUUGUUCUACUGGUAAAUGACAUUUUUUGUCAGGAAUGGCUAAACAUUGGAGCAUUUCAUCUGGUGUCAGAUAUGUGUCCGACUUUGUAAAUAUUGUACUACAGUACAUGACGUUACACAUUUUCUCAUUCAUGGCAUGUGAUUUAACAAACAAGCUGCUACAAUAAAGCAUCUUGUCCUGAA